AUGAAGGACUUCAAGGAAGAACACCCGGCUGCAGCUAAGAGACUUGGCACGGUAGAUGCGGGCAAUAUUACGAAGGGAGACAUUGCAAAUGGUAUCGCAGAACUCUCGAUAUCUUCCAUCAAAACGGUAAAGACAGUUCAGAUCGACCAUCAUGCCGUCAACUCUUCCGAUAACGGCAAUGGGGAUGGAAGACCCAGCGAACAGCGACCUGAUACUGUUUCUGCCAACAAUAGUCAGCUUGUGAUAAUCAGUCAGAAAGUCCAGAAUGAGGAGGAUACCUUCUGUAGAGCUCCAUGA